GGGGAGCGCGGCGCGCGGGGCCGUGACAUCACCGGCGCCUUUAAAGGGGCCGCGCCUGCUGACCCCCCCAUCCCCGGGGAGGGUCUUCUGGUGAGGCUAGGGCUGAGGCGCUCUGUGUCUGGCCUCACCUGCCCGCCCGCCCAGUAGCGCAUCCUCCCUCCCCAGGUCCCGCCACCGCGAUGUCUCCUAGCUGACGCUGUCGCCCUCCGCACCGAGCCUGCUUCCAGCCCUGCUCCGCAAUAGGUAUACCCUCCAAUAGUGCCUUCAUUCAGGCUAUGAUGGGAUUGCUCUGCUUGUUGCUGCUUUACAUCCACACACUGUCACCCGUGCUUGCUGGAGAUGUCACUCGAGUCUACUACCUGGGGAUCCGUGAGGUGGAGUGGAACUAUGCCCCGACGGGAAGGAACAUACUCGCGAACCAAAGCAUCGCACAGAACCCCAAAGCCUCAACGUUCCUCCAGCCUGGCAAGGACAGGGUGGGCAGCACGUACAAGAAAGCUGUCUUUAAGCAAUACACAGACUCCACGUACACCACUGAGAUUCUCAAACCUGGCUGGUUGGGGUUCCUUGGGCCCCUCAUCCGAGCAGAAGUGGGAGAUACCAUUAAAGUGCACCUAAAAAACUUUGCUAGUCGACCAUAUACGAUUCAUCCUCAUGGUGUUUUCUACGAGAAGGGCUCUGAAGGAUCCCUGUAUCCUGAUAUGUCCCCCCAGGAUCAGAAGAAGGAUGAUGCUGUUUUCCCAGGAGGAAAUUACACCUAUACUUGGACAGUCCCUGAGGAUCACAGCCCAACUGCUGAUGACCCAAACUGCUUGACCUGGAUCUACCAUUCCCAUAUUGAUGCACCAAAGGACAUUGCAUCUGGACUGAUUGGGCCAUUACUUACAUGCAAGAAAGGAAUACUGACUGGCAAUUCUCAAAGACGCCAGGACGUGGACAUUGAUUUCUUUCUGAUGUUCAGUGUGGUGGAUGAGAACCUAAGCUGGUACCUGGAUGAGAACAUUGCAUUGUUCUGCACAGAUCCAGGCUCUGUAGACAAAGAAGAUGAGGAAUUCCAAGAGAGCAACAAAAUGCAUGCUAUCAACGGUUACAUGUUUGGGAACCUCCCUGAGAUGACCAUGUGUGCUGGGGACUAUGUUUCAUGGCACCUCUUUGGGAUGGGCAAUGAAGUUGAUGUUCAUACAGCCUACUUCCAUGGAGAAACACUCAACAUCCGAGGCCAUAGGACGGAUGUGGCCAGCCUCUUCCCAGCCACUUUUGUUACAGCAAACAUGAUCCCCAGUAACCCUGGGAGGUGGCUACUGAGCUGUCAGAUCAAUGAUCACAUACAAGCUGGGAUGGCAGCGCUCUAUGAGGUCCGGCCCUGUUCUCGGCAAGCUGCAGCAUCCACCCUGGAUGGGAGAGUUCGGAAAUACUACAUAGCUGCAAAGGAGGUGCAGUGGGACUAUGGACCUUCAGGUCUUGACCAAAGCACUGGGAAACAGCUGGACGAGGCAGGCAGCCCUGCUGAGCAGUUUUUCAAGCGUGGCCCAUACCGAAUUGGGGGAGUCUACUGGAAGGCAAAGUAUGUGGAAUACACUGAUGAGAGCUUCCGUGAGGAGAAGCAGCCAUCAGAAGAAGAGAAGCACCUUGGGAUACUUGGUCCAGUGAUCAAAGCUGAAGUUGGAGACACCAUCCUGGUGACUUUUUUUAACAAAGCUUCCUGGCCCUUCAGCAUCCAGCCCCAUGGAGUGUCCUAUGGGAAGGCGUGGGAAGGGAUGUGGUACCAUGACGGUCUGUCCCAGAAUGGGAUUUCUGUUGCACCACUGCACAACUUCACCUACCGCUGGACUGUGCCGAAGCACGUUGGGCCCACAUCCAGUGACCCUCCCUGUCUGACCUGGCUGUACAGCUCAGCUGCCAACCCUGUCAGAGACACCAGUUCAGGCUUGGUAGGGCCUCUGGUCAUCUGCAAGCCAGGCAUGUUGGAUGACAACAACAAGCAGAAAGGAGUCGACAAAGAGUUUUACCUUCUCUUCAGCGUGUUUGAUGAGAACCUCAGCUGGUAUUUAAAUGCAAACAUUAAGUACUAUUUGAGGAUGGAAGAGACGUCUGUGAAAAAGGAUGAUGGCUUCCAGGAAUCAAACAGGAUGCAUGCCAUCAAUGGACUUAUGUUUGGCAACUUGCCUGGGCUGAAUGUGUGUGAAGGAGACAAAGUGUCCUGGCACCUUUUGGGCUUGGGCAGUGAAGCAGAUGUGCAUGGAGCUGUGUUUCAGGGAAACACUUUGCAGAUGAAUGGGAUGCGGAAGGAUUCAGCCAGUCUGUUCCCACACACGUUUGCUACAGCCUUCAUGCAACCUGACAACCAGGGGACGUUCGAGAUCUACUGCCAGACAAGCAAUCACUACCAGGCUGGAAUGAAGGAACGCUACUCUGUCUCCAAGUGUGGAAAAAGGGCUCCUGCCCCUGCCCUCCGGUACAGGGGGGUGCGGACGUACUACAUCAUGGCAGAGGAGGUGGUGUGGGACUAUGCCCCUGACCGGAGCUGGGAGAGGGAACGGCACAACCAUUCUGCAGAGAGCUACGCCGACGUGUUCCUGAGCAACGAGAAUGGGCUGCUUGGCUCCAGGUACAAGAAAGCAGUCUUCAGGGAGUACACUGAUGGGACUUUCCAGACCCCCAGGCCCAGGAUAAAUGGUGAUGAACACCUAGGGAUACUAGGUCCUUUUCUGUGGGCUGAAGUGGGAGAUAUCCUCAACAUUGUGUUCAAGAACAAUGCCACACGACCCUACUCCAUCCAUGCUCACGGGGUGCUGGAAAGGGGGACGAGACAGCCACAAAGAGCAGACCCUGGUGACAUCGUGACGUACCGAUGGGAAGUUCCUGAGAGGUCUGGUCCGGGGCCAAAUGAUUCAGUUUGUGUCCCUUGGAUCUACUACUCCAUGGUGGACCCAGUAAAGGAUGUGUACAGUGGUCUGAUCGGACCUCUGAAGAUCUGCCGGAGAGGGGCUCUGCGGUCUGAUGGCAUCAGGAAGGAUGUAAAGAGGGAGUUUGCACUGCUGUUCCUGGUUUUUGAUGAAAAUCAGUCCUGGUACUUGGAGGAGAAUGUGAAAUCUUACAGUAAAGGAAACCCCAAGGAGAUCAACCUGCUGGAUGCCAAGUUUGUGGAAAGCAACAAAAUGCACGCAAUCAAUGGGAGGCUCUAUGCAAACUUGCCUGGGCUGACCAUGGUCCAGGGGGAGCGGGUGAACUGGUACCUUCUGGGAAUGGGUCAGGAGAUUGACAUCCACACAGUCCAUUUUCAUGCUGAGACCUUCAUAUACAAGAAUGGCAAAAGCUACCGAGCAGAUGUUGUGGAUCUGUUCCCUGGGACCUUGGAAAUGGUGGAGAUGUUGGUUGGGAACCCUGGGACGUGGCUGCUUCACUGCCACGUGUCUGAUCAUAUCCAUGCUGGGAUGGAGAUACUCUUCACGGUCUUGCCUGCACCAGAGCCGGUGCUUGCAGUAAUAAAUCACAGUGCAGAGUUGCCACCUGAAGAUAAGGAUGACUCUGAGAAGAUGGCACUUUUUGGAGCCAAGUUUACCCCAGGGCAGAUAAAGGCCACAGUCAUCAGUCUCACUGUUAUAGGAAUUCUGUUCUUUGUAGUCAUCUGUAUCCUCCUGGGACUCAUCAUCUAUCUUGAGAGACAGAAGAGGUUAAGACGCAACCGGAGGUCCAUUCUGGAUGAUGGAUUCAAACUCAUGUCUCAGAAGAAUUCAGGGCUAUAAAAGCCAUGUGCAAACUGUGGGCUGUGUGCUUGGAACAGAGGCUGGAUCGUUGUCCACAGCAAAGAUUUUGAGGCAUUAUUUCACUUGUACACUGUAAUUCCAGAAGGUUAGGAGGGAAAGCUGGACCCAUAGCCUCCUCAGUGCUCCCUAAAGUCCAUCCGGGAAAGAUCCAAGGACCCUUUGGGCAGAAUGAAGACAAGCAGCAACAAAAAAGUCCUUCUAAAAUACUUCUCUUCCCCAGGAAAGAGAGGAGACAUUUCCACUAAUCACUCCAGAACAACUCCACUUGGUCUUUCUCAGCAGACUAGCUUAGGCCAGAUUCCAGUCUUCCUCCACAACCAGAGCCGAGUUGGGAAUUGUCUCCCAGGAAACUGUGAACACUGAAAGUAAUUAAUCUGAAGGAGGAAGAUAAUCUUUUCAUUUUUGUGGAUCAAUGAAGAAUAUGGAAGAGAAAAAGUUAAUUUAGAUAUAGAUUGCUGGUUUAUGAUGAGUAAUUGGAUAGAUGAGGAUCCAGGGCACUACAUGUCCUGGUGAAAGACAGCUCCAUCAAGGACUUGACAACAGCUGUGCCCCACCAUCAGCCUUGCUGUGAUGCAUCUUCCUGCUCCUGGCACCUCAGGCAACCUGCUUUGAUACCAGGCCUCCUGUAUCCUGUGCUGGGAGAAGAGGCUUUCCCAAGUGCUGCAGAGUGUCCUGGUGACUUCCCUGUGUCACAGUUCUGUCAGUUAGGCUGUACCUCAGCACCUGCACAGCUCCUUGUGUGCAGAUGAAGGAUGCUGUGAUGUUCUGUGAGGUGGUUUGGUCUCUUCCUUUCUAAUACACUUUAUUAAAGGUAUCUCAGAGCUGA